AAUAGUAGAUAUGUACUCACGAGACGGCCAUACACCUUGUGUUAUUCCUGAUAACAUAGGCAAAAUAUGAAAUUGGAAAUUUCGUAUAUUAUUGUUCUCAAACUUUUAUUAUUAUUUUCCCACAGAGCUGUUGGAGAUGAAGAAAGUGAAAAAAUGAUGUUAGGAGGCUGGGUAGAUGAUGUGGAAACUUCAGAGAGCGAAGAAUUAUACGAGCCAGCUAUAUCUGAUGAAUUUUUCGACGAACUUCGACUUGAAAGGAUGAAUAAUGAUUUUAUCAGUCCUCCUCUCGAUAAUGAAGUUGAACGAAACGCUGUUGCUGAAUGGGAAGAGCGCUGUGUAGUUUUGGGCGAACUUUUUGUUGAUAUAGCCCUACAAUAUAAAAAUUGUGGUUUUAUGAUGGGAUUGGAUUUUAUAAAAACAAUGCUACUAAGGAUGGUUUCUUUGGAAAAGUAUAGCGAAAGAAUGAGGACAGAAGAAAGAAAAUGCUUAACGGCCUUUAGACACCACAUCGAAGAUGUAGUCACUCAUGAUUUGUCAAAAUUUUCAAUACCUAACACAGAGACGAAGCCUGUAUAUACAGCAAUAGAAGCUAUUAGGGAACAAUGGAACAGUGAUUUAAGUAUCAAGGACGCAGAGGCUUUAUAUAGGACGUCUCUUGAAGAUGUACUACCAGCAACUUGCAACGAUACUUUUCCAAUGAUGAAAGCUUUCAGAAAUAAUUUAAUAGGGAUUCAAACUAAUCUCGCAAAGCCUAUUCGUAUUGGCCAAGAAAAACUACCAAUAAAAUACACCAGUCAUAUGGACAAGUUUCAAAAAAUUACCCUAGCUUCUAAAUUAACUUCAAUACUAAAUAGAAUGAGAACUCAUUUAAGAGAAGAGAUUACCAAAUUAAUAGUAAAUCUUGAAUCAACAUCAAAUGCUAUUGGCGAGAUGAAGUUGGCCGCGAAGAGCGCCCUCAGGGGUCAAAAGUCUAUGUCGGAAGAAAUUAUAAGCGAAAUAUUGAACUCCGCCCGUCAAGUUAUCUUAAAAAAUUGUCGAACAAACUCAAUGCUAGAUUGUUUUCAACUAAAUGAAUUCUCCGAGCAAAUCUUUCAUUUAUCAAUAGACAAAGUACAAUCAAAUUCUUUCCUCGACGAUCAUCUAUCCCUAAUGAAAAAGUCUUUCCAUGAAGAAUGUAAAAGUUUAGGUAAAAAUUGCUGGAAGAGCGGAGUUAAACAAAUGAUUAUCGACAGAUUAUUUAUCCUUAUUGAAUUGAGAAUCGAAAAUUCAGUUUCGGAAGAUCAGGUUGUGGCAAUGAUAAACACAUUAGGCAAAGACUUUGACGAUUUAAUCCUAAUUCAAUUGACCGAGAAAAUUAAUAAUAUAGCAAAGUUAAUUGUAUCAAUAGUUAAAUUUACUAGAAUUCAUCCACCUUCUACAUUUAAACUAUAAAAUAUGUAAAUUAAUCGUAACUUCUGAAAAAUACAUUCUGAAAUUCUU